CGAUCUUCUUGCAACAUAUAUCCUUAAUUUCCAACUCGCUUGGGCAAGGGGCCGGAGCAACCUCCUUGGAGGUGAUGUUCUUGUAGUAUAAGAAGGGGUUUGGAAGACGAAGAAACGGAAGAUAUUGCAAGAUCAUCACCAGCAUCCAAUACUCUAAUCUCUCAAAUACACAUUCACUCUUUCUGCAAACAUGAAGUUGUCACUCCUUGCCGUUAUCGUGGCCUCCGCCUCUGCCGCUCAAGGCGCCAUUACCUGGACCCUUGAGAAGGCCGCCAACCCCACGGCCGACCAAAGCGACGCAUACACCAAGAUCGAAGCCGCCAUGAAGCUGGCCGUCGCAAGACACGCAAAGCAGGGAAAGGCCAGCAAGACUAUUCGUGUCUACUACACGCCCGGCGUUCCUACCGCCGAGGCCAACUACAACGGUGAUCUCCGCUUCGGAUCGAACCGAUCAUACAUGAACGAGCGUACGGCGCUCCACGAGAUCUCACACACACUCGGCGUUGGCCAGACUGCCGCCUUCGACUCCAAAUGCGCGUCCGGCAACUGGGCUACGGCAUUGCCCCUGCUUCGCUCCUGGGAUGGCUCUAGUGCCAAGAUCAGCUGUGGCGGUUCGCACUUCUGGCCGUACGGGCUCAACUACGAUACCGAAUGGAGCGAGACAAACGCGGACCGUCACGUGAGAAUCAUCAACGCCAUGAUUGCUGAUGGUAUGUAAGGAGAGGGGGAUUCUACAUUUUCCAAAUUCGUGUACAAACUUCAUUAAACGAUUUUGAACCCUAUGGUUCAUUCCACUGUACAUACAUCACAAGACCGCAAGAAGCAAAUUAUCCUGGUCUUUUGUUAAAUACACCAUUCAACCUCAAGAAGGUUGCAGCGUUUCUCGUGAA